UGCCGAACGGAGAAGAAUGACAUUUAACUGAAACAAACAACAACAACAAAAAAAGAAGUCCCAAACGAGAACACUUCAGCUGAACAAGCCGUCAGACUAUGAUGGAGAUCAUGGAUGCUCAGCGUGCCUUGGAGGCUGUGGAGAGGCUGCAGGCCAAACUGAAGGAGAGAGGCGAGGCCCCCGCGCAGGAGAAGCUCUCCCUGCUGAAGACCGUCCUGCAGAGCCCCCUGUUCCAUCACAUCCUCAGCUUACAGCAAGCUCAGCAGAAGCCCCCGGCGAAGGCCAUCCAGGCGAAGGCGGUUUCCAAAUCGGUUUCCAUGAACUGCGGCCCCUGCCAGGGCCCGACGCUGAGCCUGAAAACCCUGAGCCACAGUGACUCCUACACGUGGGCCAUGGAGAACCGACGGCCCAGCACUGCCAGGUCCCACCACAAGGACAGCAGCAUCUCCUCUCUGGACUCGCAGGAUCUGGCCUUCUCUGACUUCUACCAAGAAAACUGCAUUCAAACUGAAUCGCAGUACUGCACGCCGCCCAGGAUCUCCCGCACCAUGUCCAUGGGGAGAAACCUGUCUGCUAUCGCUCAUGAGAAGCGUCAUGUGGAAAUGAUCGAGCUGAUCAACGACGGGAAAGGCCUCGGUUUUGGCAUCAUUGGAGGGCGCAGCACAGGGGUCAUGGUCAAGACGAUCCUUCCUGGUGGAGCUGCUGGACGGGAUAAGCGUCUGCGGAGCGGGGAUCAGAUCUUGCGUAUUGGAGAUACAGAUCUGGCGGGCAUGAACAGCGAGCAGGUCGCACAGGUACUGCGAAACGCUGGUAGCAAGGUGAAACUGCUCAUCGCCAGGGAUGUAACCAAGGACAACCACCUUUCCUCUCCCGCCCUUGGCCAGGACAGCUUAGACGACAAGCUCAACGACUUGAUUGAUGACUACGAGUUCACUGUGCAGUUCACUAAGAACAAUCGAGGCCUGGGAUUUACCAUUUCUAGCUACAUAGGUGACCUAAACUCAGUCUACAGCGCCGGUGUGACAGUGAAGAGCAUAGUGAAAGGCAGCACGGUGGAUCAAGAUGGACGCAUCCACAUCGGAGACAUCAUUCUGGCUGUGGACGGGACGAGCCUGCAGGGCUGCAGUGAGCAGCGUGCCAUGGAGGUGCUGAGGAGGACCGCUCCCCUGGUCAGGCUGAAGUUGCUGAGGAAGGCUGUCCGUCUGAGUCACAUCCUGCCGCCCGUCCCCCCGCUGCAGCCCCUCCGACACUCGCACAGCUUCCACGAGGGCAAUCCCUACAGAAUGGGCCUCAACAAGAUUCAGGAGACAGGAAUCUGCUCGCUGCGUGAAAUCUCCCGGCGAGCGGCAUAUGCCAACAGGCGACCCCGACACGACUCCAGGAACGGUGUGAAAUUGACCCCAGCUGAGGAGCAAAAUCUGAGGAAUAGGUGGCAGCAUGCAGUCGGGCCACGAUAUGAAGUCAUCGUGUGUCAUCUGGAGCGUUACGCCGAGACGAGUGGCCUCGGCAUCAGUCUGGAGGCCCGAGCAGGUCACCACUACCUGUGCUCCGUUUUACCCGAGGGGCCCGUCGGUCAAAGCGGCAAGAUCUUCGCUGGAGACCAGAUACUUGAGAUUAAUGGGAUCCCUUUGAUUGGAGAAACUCAUAAGGAGGUGGUCCACCUCCUGAAGGAGCUGCCUGUGAAUGUCUGCCUGGUGUGCUCUCGAAUCGUAGCCCCUGUUAUUCCUGACAGCGAUGAGGAAGAUGACGAAGAGGUCGGUCUCACGCUAAAGGAGCUGCUCGCUGAGUUCAAUGACAAGCUGGACCAGGGUUGUGUCAUUCCCUGUCCUACGGCCGAGGACAUCACCAAGCGUGGUGUGCCCCCGAUGUCACCUCCACUGGCCAUGUGGGAGAGAGACGCCCAGGUGGUCGAGCUGGAGAAGGGCGAGUCGGGACUGGGCUUCAGUAUCCUGGACUACCAGGAUCCCGAGGAUGCCGCGAGAACAGUCCUGGUAAUCCGCUCCCUGGUGCCCGGCGGUGUUGCAGAUCGAGACGGUCGCCUCCUUCCCGGUGACCGGCUCAUGUUUGUUAAUGAAACCGACCUGGAAGGCUCCAGUCUGGAUUAUGCAGUGCACGUCCUGAAAUCCACCGGAUACGGCCCUGUCCGCAUUGGAGUUGCCAAACCACUGCCACUGGAGCUGUGCGGUGGCUUGACGCCCAUCUCUGAGAGAAGCACCCGGGCUUCCUGCGAUGACACGGACAGCCACACUCAGGUCAGCCUGCUAGCUGAGGCAGCAGAGGCCAACACCAACAGCUUCACCUGCAACUUUGAGGGCAUCGGCGCUGUACACCCGCGUUACAUUACAACGGAAAGCGAGCUGCAUCGUCGCUUUGGCGUCAUGGGAGACAACGAUAGGCAGCAGGCGCCACCUCUGCCCCCCCGCACCAGCUUUGAGAGGACAAUCACUGUUGUCCGGGGCAACCGUAGCCUUGGGAUGUCGGUGAGUGCUAUCAAGGACGGCUCAGGCAUGCUGGUGCGCAGCGUGGUCCAGGGGGGCUCUGUUAGCCAGGAUGGCAGGCUGGGGGUUGGGGAUGCCAUCUUGGCCAUCAAUGGAGAACCUACCUCCAACCUGACCAACGCCAGGGCCAGAGCCAUGCUCCGCAGACUCUCUGUCAUAGGGCCAGAGAUGAGAUCUACCCGUGCAGAUCUCCACAGUCCGUGUGACUGGAAUGACGUAACAUAUGUCCCAGCCCACCAGGUGGACAAGCACCGCAGCCGCCUGUGUUUACCCCCUCUGGCGUCCAUCUCAGUAGACAGCACCCCACCCUCCCCUACUCCGGCUGCCCCAUCUCCAGAACCUGCCUCGGCCGCGGCCUCGACCAGAUCCCCCGGUCGAGUCAGAGCCGCGGCUUUCACUCCGUCUUCAUCCGCCCUCCAACCCUCCGCCUCGGUCAAAGCCAGAGCCGCGGCCCCAAAUCCGGCCGCCGUCCGAGCCUCGGCGUCCUUCAGCGCUGCGUCCAAAGGCUCCGCUGUGGUCCACACCAUCACGCCGGCUCCUGACUCAAGUUGGCAGAUUCCAAAAUCUCUGCCUCACAUGAAAAGGCAGGAAGCAAAAGAAGUUGAAGGGAGGUCAGAGGAGAAGAAGGGCGCGCCUAGUGGAGAUGUGAAAGUACCAAAGCUGGAGGUAAAGGUGGACGGUCAGUGCGAGGGAGAAGAGGAGCUUUAUUCUCAUGCGGCGGUAUCGUGGGAUCAACCCAGAAGUGUGCGGCUGACUCGAGCGCCAGGUCUCCUGGGUAUCAGCAUAAUGGGAGGCAGAGGCAUGGGCCGCAGACUGAGCAGUGGGGAGAUGAUGAGGGGAGUCUUCAUCAAGAGCAUCAGCCCCGACAGCCCGGCAGCACAUAAUGGCACCCUCCGGACUGGAGACAGGAUACUGGAGGUGAGCGGUGUGGACCUCAGAGACGCGAGCCACGAGCAUGCGGUGGAGGCCAUCCGCAGGGCAGGAUACUCUCUGGUCUUCCUGGUUCAGUCUGGACAGCACAGAUCUCAGUCCCCUAUGCUCACCAACCACGAGAGACUGACUCCAACACCGCAGCCCAACUCCAACUGCAGCAAGGAAUCAGAGAAGCUCAGUGGUCUGUUCCUUAGUCUCUCCCCUACAAACCCCUUCACUCCCACCCCCUUUAAGGUACCCUCGCCGGCGUCGGAGAGGAAGCAUCGGAGGAGCCCCAUUACGGUCACGACGGCAAUCACAGCUGCGGCUGAAGACGAGGACGACGCCGGCAGGAAAAAGAUGCUCCAGCGUUAUGGCAGCCUGUCUGGGAAGCUCCAUAUGAUUGAGCUGGAGAAGAGCCCCGCAGCACAAGGCCUGGGAAUCAGCCUCACGGGGAACAAGGAGGAUUCGAGGGCCCGCAUGGGUGUCUACGUGGCAGAUAUAGACCCUCGAGGACCUGCUGGUGUAGAUGGCAGGAUAUGGGUUGGGGAUGAGCUACUGGAGAUCAACGGGCAGAUCUUGUACGGCCGGAGUCACCAGAACGCCUCCACCAUUAUCAACAACACUCCAUCCAACGUCAAGAUCAUUCUCAUCAGGAAUAAAGCAGCUGCAGGUCAAACCCAGGGAUCCAGAACAGAGUGCGAGGAUGAAGUCGACUCUGCACAGCGUGGAGGAUUAUCCAGAGACAUCCAACACAUCAUCUUACCUCAGGACCACGUCGGUCUCGGCAUCUGCAUGGCUGAGGAGGAGCCCAAGGACGGCGUGGUGGUCAGGUCCCUAAUCCCGCACGGCACUGCCAGUAAGGACGGCAGGAUGAAGGCUGGAGACAGGAUCAUAGCGGUGGGUGAUGAACCUGUGGCAACGCUGUCAUUGGACAAGGUGUCCAGUUUGAUUCUCAAACACCAGGUCACUGUCAAGCUCUCCAUCUGCCGCUCCGAGAGUCUCCCCUCUGCCUCUUCUGCUCAGCCUCUCCCGUCGUCUUCGUCGGAUCCCCGCUCAGCUCCCUCCCUCCCCCUCCCCCUCCCCCAGCCCGUCGUCUCCUCCACCCCGUCGUCCCUCACUUACAUGCAGACUUCUCAAACUGGACAGUCAGAUUCACAAGCAGCAGGUGAAACGUCCUCAGACCCGCUGAGCUGCCCGGUUGUGGCUGGAAGGGAAACCAUCGUAGAGAUCUGUAAAGGAAGCGUGGGCCUGGGUCUCAGCAUCGUGGGAGGAUCUGACACUCUGCUGGGGGCAGUAAUAGUCCAUGAAGUAAAUGAUGGAGGAGCAGCACAGAGAGAUGGACGGCUGCAGGCUGGAGACCAGAUUUUAGAGGUAAACGGUAUAGAUUUGCGGCAGGCCACUCACGACGAGUCCAUCGCCGUGCUGCGGCUCACCACCCAGCGCGUCCGCCUCUGUGUCUUCAGGCAUCAGGAGACCUACAGGGAGGAGGACCUGUGGGACGUGUUCGGCCUGGAGCUCAGGCCUCGUCCCGGAGAGGGACUAGGGUUCACCACUGUGGGGAAGAGUAAUGACACGGGCAUCUUUGUGUCAGAUGUCAUCAGAGGAGGCGUAGCGGAUUCAGAUGGCAGGUUGUUGCUAGGUGACCAGAUUCUGUCAAUCAAUGGCGAGGAUGUACGUGCGGCAUCACAGGAACAUGCACAGAAGCUACUACAGAGCUGCAGCGGAGCGGUUCACCUGGAGGUGGCUCGCUUUAAAGCCGGACUGCAGUACGCACAGCGGAGUCAGGACUACUUUAAGUUGUGUUUUAUCCAGAGCGAAGACUCCGACUGUUCCACCCUGACCCCCUCGAGUGGAUGCGACACUUUUCUCGGCCACCAGAGGGAGACAGACAACAGAGCUGGGAGCUGCUCAUUUCAAGACUGCUCCGGCGUCAGAAAAGUCAUAAUAAAAAAGGGUCCGUGUGACUCUCUGGGCAUCAGUGUAGCAGGAGGAGUGGGUAGUCCCCAUGACAACGUACAUCUUUUCAUCGCUACCAUGGAUACCAAUGGACUGGCUGCCGAAUCACAGCAACUGCAGACUGGAGACCGGAUCCUCAGCAUCAACGGUGUCUCCACGGAGGGAAUGACUCAUGUCCAGGCCGGAGUCCUGCUGAAGAACGCCACCGGGACCAUUAGCCUGCAGGUGGCAGCAGGUUCUGGUGAGUGCAGCACAAAGGAGCGCAAUGAUGUGCAUGCCCGGUCGUCAGGCCAGCCCAGCAGCCUGCCCUGCUCCCACAACAAUCUGUGCGCUCGCAUGUAUAAGACCGUCACUCUGGAGAGGGGAUCCUCAGGCCUCGGCUUCAGCAUCGUCGGCGGGUUCGGCAGCCCGCACGGCGACCUGCCCAUCUACAUCAAAACUAUCUUCAACAAGGGGGCGGCCGUGGAGGACGGCAGGCUGAAACGUGGAGAUCAGAUCAUCGCUGUGAACGGACACCGUCUGGAGGGUGUGACGCACGCCGAGGCUGUGGACACCCUGAAGAAAACCAAGGGAACUGUAGUCCUAACUGUACUCUCCUGAGAGACAACCCUAAAAGUUGUGUCUGCUGUCAUUACGUCUCUUCAAAGUCUUAGCUGCCUUGGGUCAACCUGCUCCGCACAACUCUAAAAAGGACAACGUUGAUGGUUAAAGUUUUGUGUAAAGGAGUAGAUGCUAUAUGUGUUAAUGUUUUUAUUAUUGGGAAGCUACCUCUAUCUGCAAACACAGCCUGGGUGUGUUCACACACACACACACACAGUAUUCCUAAUAUGAACCCAUAGGCUGUUAAAUAAAUGUGAUGUAUGAAGUGAAUCUCCAUAUCACAACCCUUUAAUCAUACACCAAUAAAUCACCAUCAUUAACCUCUGAAUAUGCCGACCAUAGAAACACCUCUGAAGACACAAUGUCACUUUUUCACUUCAGUCAGAGUUAACUACUCGGAUAAACCAAAAAUGAUCAAAAUCAGAAUUGCCAAGUACAUUUACACUGUAUACACUAUCGUCGGCGUGUCAGUGAUGUCACCUGUUGUUUUUUGAGGAGGAGUUUUGAAGCUCACAGUGGUGGGCGCUAAUUGGAAAUGCUAUUUCGACUUAAUUUUUGAUCAAUCUAGCUAGAUGCAAAUAAAGAGGCGGAGCUGAGGCGGAGCUGAGGCGGGCUUUAGGCCUCGUGGUGAACAGCACACCUGCCUGUCAGUCAAAUCAGCCAAGCCCCUGAUUAUGUAAACCGUAAUCCGGUGUAUCAGACGCCCUUUUAAUACCUAUAUUUCAUCUAAAUAGUUGGCUGUGUCGUAUACACCUGUGUGACCAAUUUACCAGAAUAACAUGCUGACACAUUACCGAGAGUGCACACUGCACGUGAGGCGACUCGACUGAAGUGUCAUCCCCAUUUCAUUGUGGAUUGCGAGCUGUGCUGGGACACACAGCGACACAGACCAGGCUGGCUGCGCCAUUUCCUAGCAUCUUUUCUCACUCCAUCGUGCAUUUAAAGCAAACGGUGACAUAUUAUCCAGUGAAUAAAACUUGUGGAGCGCUCUUUUGAUCGAAACACUCCUUUAUUGAAGUCAACGAGCGACCAGCGGAGUCGGGCAGCGUACCGAGCUGACGGUGCUUCACAACUGUCCCCACAGGCUGAGAGCUAGCAGGAGUGCAAACUUCACAAAGUGAAAACAGACGGUAGUAAAUGAGCGACACAGUUGUACACAAACUGCACGUUGUAGAUAUCCCUGAACACAAUAGACAUCAUCAAGUAGACAGUUAAAACCUUUUUUUUUUCUUCUGGGUAACCUACAUACCAGAGCGACUUAUAUUCCAGUCUUUACGGUAACUCUUAGCCUUAAUCAAAUCAUAUAAAAUAAAAUUCACCCCCUGUGGAGUGUGAACUAAUAAAAAAAAUGAGCUACUCAGAACAACAGUUGUUAUUUUUUUAACCAGGCUGUAACGUGUUUAUUCUGCUGUCAUAAUGGGCAUUUCAAGAAGGGUGUGAUGGGGACUUCCAGAGGCUGCCUCAAGUGGACACUGGAGGGUCUGCAGUUUUGCCCAAAACAUGCCAAGUGCUUCUGCCAAUCUUUUGUAUGGCAUCGAGUUUUUGGAACAUUUGCUUUGAAAGAUUAUGUAACUCUCAUUACUCUCAUAUUCUUCUGUUUUCAUGGUUAGUAAAUGAUAAUCAGCGGUGAUGACCACCUUAUGUUAAAGCAGGUUGUUACAUCCGUUAAUAGCAGCUGCUCAUUACAGUCACUGUAGCGACUGAUUUAUUAUCUAUCGGUUUUCAUUCUCUUUAGUUUAAAAUGAUGUAUUUGUAGAACUUCAAAUAAGUAUUGUUAAAGUGUUACAUGCAGUCUUUACCUAGAAGACUUCUCAUAACGGUUUUAUAUUCAUUUAUUUAUACUGUUUUCCUCAGUUAUUUAUUUCAUUUGUGUCAGUACUCUGUAGUCCUAAGAAGAACCACACCUGCUUGU